AUGCGUCACUUUCUUUUAUUGUUCCUGACUUGUUGCUUGUCAUUAAGCAAUGCUAAACUCACAUCAAGUAUUGUAUAUAAACAUUUGCCUCUUGAGGCUGUUAUACAAGCACAAACCUAUGGCGCUAGUGCUUACAAACAAUUCCUCCUUGACACUGAAAAUGCAACGAUGAGGGAGAGAAUGAUGGCUUAUGACGAUUAUUUCGAAGAAUGCAACAAUCUUGGCCAAGAAAGAGCGGCCGAUGUAUAUAGAAUUGUCUCGCAAAUCAAGCCCACGAAGGAUAUAAAGCUUCUCCUGACUUUGGGAUUCCAUUCAUUCCCUGCAAGAUUUAUAACUCUUGAUGAGGACAGAUUCCGUCAAGGUUUGAGGGAGUUGUGCGAGAAAUAUGAAAUGCAGUUGCAAUGUCAGCUUGGCUUUGGUGACUCAAGAACCUCGAUUUACUGGCGAAUUGACGAAUUAAAAAAUUCCGAUGGAAAUUUGAGAAUUCUAUUGGAUCGCCAUUGUCCGGAUAUUGAUGCUGAUUUAGUUGACUAUCAAUGCUUCGCUAGACAUGUCGAAGAGUACACGAAGCCAUGUUUCGCGGAUAUGCUUAACUAUAAUUAUACCAGAUACUCUGGUGGCCGUCGCAUCGCAAGAAUUCAUAUCAGGGCAACAAAACAAGUUGCAGAAUUGACGAAAAAUAAGGACUUGGAGGAGGACGACGACCAAUUCCUUACAUUGAAAGAACACAUUCAAUCAUCGUUCGAAAGAGCUCUACGAGAAAUUGCCGCCAUUGAAGGCGAAAAAUGUGAGGCUUUAGACAAAGUGCUUCAAUGUGUUCUUCCGCGAGCCGAAGAGAAAUGCGGAAGAGACGCCGCCGAGAUUAUGAAAACCAGUAUAUUAGUCGGGUAUCUAGGCCGCCAACGACGCGAGCCACUCAAUUCACAGUUCAAAGGUUUUAAUGUGGAAUCGAGCAAGAAAUGCCUCAAACUUCAUCCACACAUUGAAUAA